AGGAACUUAACUGCCAGUGCUGAUAGACCUGAGAGUGGGAUUCCUGAGACAUGGAGCGAGAACCGAUGCGGAUAAGGGAGGGCUACUUGGUUAAGAAGGGCAGCAUGUUUAAUACCUGGAAGCCCAUGUGGGUCGUGCUCUUAGAAGAUGGAGUUGAAUUCUACAAGCGGAAGGCUGACAACAGCCCCAAAGGGAUGGUCCCGCUAAAAGGAAGCUCUAUUAACAGCCCAUGCCAAGAUUUUGGCAAAAGAAUGUUUGUCUUCAAGCUAACUGCAGCCAAGCAGCAGGACCACUUUUUUCAAGCUGCCUACCUGGAGGAGAGAGAUGCCUGGGUACGGGAUAUCAAGAAAGCAAUUCAUUGCAUAGAUGGAGGCCAAAGGUUUGCCAGAAAAUCCACAAGAAAGUCUAUCAGACUGCCUGAAACAAUCAACCUGAGUGCUUUGUACCUCUCAAUGAAAGAUCCUGAAAAGGGAAUAAAGGAGUUGAAGCUGGAAAAAGAUAAAAAAGUGUUCAAUCACUGCUUUACAGGCACCUCUGUGAUUGACUGGCUGGUGUCUAGCAACUCCGUCCGAAAUCGCAAAGAAGGUCUCAUGCUUGCCUCUUCCCUCUUGAGUGAAGGCUACCUACAGCCUGCAGGAGAUACAUCCAAGGCUGCUGCCGAGGGCCUGUCAGACACACCCUUCUUAGAUCUCACUGAUGCCUACUAUUACUUUCCAGACAGUGGGUUUUUCUGCGAAGGAAAUUCUAGUGAUGAUGAUGUGGUCCUGAAAGAAGAAUUCAGAGGCAUGGUAGUCAAACAAGGAUGUCUGCUGAAACAGGGACAUCGGAGGAAGAACUGGAAAGUGAGAAAGUUUGUUUUAAGAGAUGACCCUGCGUAUCUUCAUUACUAUGAUCCUGCUGGAGGAGAAGAACCACUAGGUGCAAUUCACUUGAGAGGAUGCGUGGUGACAGCAGUGGAAGAUAUGCCAGACUCCAAGAAGUAUGAUGUUGACAACAUCCUCUUUGAAAUCAUCACAGCAAAUGAAAUUCACUAUUAUUUGCAAGCAGCCUCAUCCACAGAGCGUACAGAGUGGAUCAGAGCAAUUCAGGCAGUUGCUAGGACUGGAAAAUGAAGAUGAUCUGCCAGCAAGAAGACAGACAACUGAAAUUAGUUACUCAAAACAAAACAGGAAUUUCAGCAUUUCACUGAGAGAAAGCAGUAUUAUCCAGAAAGACAUCCUAAGGCUUGU